CAACACUCGCUGAAGCAUCUGAAGGGAAUGAACACACCAUGGCUUGUUUUGCUGCUACCUUUGCCGUUGUCGUCCUUUUGGGAUUUAUCAGCGUCUCUGCAGACAAAAAGGACGCCUGUGACGUCUACGCCGCCGUCGGCCAGAGCCCCGUCCUCCCGUUCUCUUACGAGAAGCUGACGAGCUCUCAUGUGCUGAGAUGGACUCACAACAACACCAUCGUUUUCUACAGACAAGGCCGAGUGUCCGUGGGGAAACCGGACGACGUCUCUGCCGCCGGAUCCCUCCAGCUCAGGAACGUGAAGUUCUCGAGUGCCGGGGCGUACCGUGCGGACGCGCUGCAGCCCAACGGCACUCUGGCUAAAACAUGGGCCGGUCGCCUCUGUGUGGUGGACAAAGCUCCGAAGCCUGAAGUGCGUUACGUCUGCGAUUUUAAGUUCAGUGCCGUCAACCUGGAUUGCGUGGUAGCCAAGCCCGAGGGGCUGGCGUUCUCAUGGACGCUGGAUAAGAAGACACUGCCAGGAGAAACAAGACAGGCGAUGAGGAUUUCCCUGAACCAGCUGAAGGGAGAGAGGAGCUUCACCUGCAGCGUGGUGAACAGAGCCUCUCAGGAGACCAGCGACACCGUUCACCCCGCCUGUAAAAGCCCUCCUCCGCCGCCGCUGCUCUGUUUCACCGAUAAAACCGUCAAGGCAGCGGCGGCAGGAGGAGCUGCUCUCGUCCUUCUUCUGAUCACCAUCAUCGUCGUUCAGUGCUGCUGCAACAGACGCAGCAAAACUCAAAUGAGAGUGAAGGAUAAAGUCAGGAUGCUUUCGGUGAACAGGCGGGAGCUGGACUCGGUCGGCCCGGAGUACGAGACCAUGCGCCCGACGGAGACCCGUCCCCCGCCGAGCCCCCAGCCGUCACCGAGAGCCUGUUACCACAACGCCGAGGCGGCGAGCAAACUCUCACAGCUACCCUCGGCCGCUGGAGGUCAACAGCCGUCACCGGUGCCCAAACCAAGGACGAAGGCUCUCCAGGCGACAAGCAGCUGAACGCCUUCCAGAUCCAGGGACGUUUUUUUAGAGCUUGACAAAAUGACAAACAUGAAGAAAUCCAUUCAAGACAAUGCUGAAUUUUGAAGCAGCUCCAUGUUUCUACCACUUUUUGUUCUUGUUUUAAUCAACAUGCUACUGUAGAGAUUUUGAUUUGGGACUGAAAAUUAACCAGUUUAUUGCCAUGGUAUACUGCUUUCAUGCCUUUAUUUUAUGAUUUUAUGACUGUAGAAUUGUGAAAAAAGUGAAAUAAGCGAGAACUUCUGCCACUUUUUAUCAGUUUAUUUCAACUUCCAAGUUACUGUGAAUUCUGAGAAGCUCAUAUUGUGUUAUUUACAUGUUACUGUUAGAAGAGCACAUCCUCAAUCAAUGAUGGUGUAUAGUACAUUACUGAUGUGUUUGUUCCUUUCACAAUGGACCCUGGAGAUAGUUUACAUUUAAGAUAUAAAAAAUAUCUGUUAGAAAAAAAAACUGAGUGGAAAGCUAUGCAAAAACAUAUUUUCAGACAUAGAGUGACCUUGUGUGUUUUUCCCCAUUUUCUUUGAACCAAUGCAUGUUGAAAGACUAUGUAUGUCAUGUUAUAAGAAGCAUAUGAUAUAGACUGUGCAUUCGUUUACUAAAUAUAGACAAUUGUUGUUAUUUUUUUCCUUCUGCAAAACAGCUGGGGAGGAUUAUGCAGAAAAUCUUCAAAGUCAUUGCGGUGAAGUACAUCUGAUGAGUCACCAAAUGUAGAUUUACAGUGGAGGUGUUUUGUUUAUUUCCACAGAAUAUAAAAGCAUCUUGAUAGACUUUCCCUCUUUCCCACAUUUGGUCUGAAAUAUAAACUUUUCCACUUUGAGAAUGUGACGGACAAAACAUGAAACGAACCGCCUGUCUGAGCUUUUCAUGACCUGACCUACUUUUGUUUGCGUCAUUUUGAAAGAAAAUUAUAUUUCCGCUGGUCUGUUUGGUGUGUGUGUGUGUAUAUAUGAUACGAUCAUGCUUUGUGGUUAAAUGUGUGUGUAAU